CCUCGACGCUAUAUGCGCGUCGCAUGUUGUUAUCGUACGAAAACGAAGCUCAAACCUAAUAGUUUACUCUAAAAUUGUGUACAAUUUUGAAAGAGAAUUUUAUGAAAUAUGUCGAACGUAGAAUCUGCAAAGAACGUCGAUGAAGAAUUUGGCCUUCCCAGUACUCGCGGCUUCUCUGAGGCAUGGCAUCCUAAUUCAGCAUAGCAUACGUUUGAUUUGUCUGAUAAAAGAAUCAAGAUGACGAGUUCGGCCCCAAAUCCGCUCCGAAAUGGCUGUGAUGAUCUCUGGACGUGGGACAGAAAAGGCAAGAGUCCUGAAGUGAGACUGUAUGGACCGAGUUACUGCAUAGCUCACUUUCANAACGUAAUUUUUUUAGGAACCAAAAAAGCUCGUCUUCACGCCGACUGCUUCACAAAUCUCUUAGGUAAAGAUAACGAAGGUUGGGGACUCUCUCAUAAAGGACUUUUAUGGCACGGCGGAAGAUGGACACAUUAUACGAAACCAUUCAGAGAAAAUGUACCAACGAAAAUUGGGAUACUUUUUGAUGGUAUAUCAGGCACGCUCACAUUCUAUAAGGACGAAAAAUGUCUUGGAAUUGCAUUUCGUGGACUCAACGAAAUCAAAGAGCCACUUCAUCCAAUCAUAUGUUCCACAGCAGCAAAGACUGAGAUGCUUCUAGAUUCCAUGAAACGUGAUUUUGUAAAUCUUCAAGAUAGAUGCAGGGCCGUAAUAGUUAAGAGAAUGAAAAGAAAAGAAGACUUGGAAAAAUUAUUUUUGCCAGCAAAGAUCAAACAAUUUCUUGAAGAAGCAAUUUUGGAUACUGUUCAACCUUUCAGACCAGUGAACCAAAAUGCAAUCAAUUUUGUUGAAGUAAUUUAAUAUUCAUUUUAGAACAACUGGUCUGAAUUUUAGAUGAAUUUAUAAAAAAAGGAUUAAUUAAAAAUCCACU